CUGUGUGCGUGUCGUCUCCCUGAUGCUCCGCUACCCACGCAAGACUACAACAACUGGCGACGAAGACAUUCGGAUUCAAUUACCUCCAGGUAGGCGAGCACCGCACAUCCAUUGCUCAAUUCAGGCAGUUAAAAGCAAGUAAAUAGCAGCGGAGAAAGAUGUCGGCCAGGGUAGGAAGAUUGCUCGAGUUUGACCAGUCUCACGACAACUUUAACUCCUACAUGGAACGAUUUGAGCAUUAUGUGACAGCAAAUGAUAUUUCAGAAGACAAAAAGAAAGCAACGUUCCUCACAGUGAUAGGUGCAAAGACAUAUGAAGUCCUAAAGAACUUAGUCGUUCCGGACGUGCCAAGGAAUAAAUCCUACCGGGAGCUAAAAGGCCUCUUGGAAGAGCACUAUAGUCCAAAAUCGUCUAUAAUUGCAGAACGCUGCAAGUUUAAUCGACGUUGCCAGGAAGCGCAUGAGAGCGUUGAAGACUUCACAUUAGCCCUAAAAGAACUCGCCAGAAAGUGUGAGUUCGAUUCGUUUCUGAACGACGCAUUGCGUGAUAGACCAGUUGCCGGCUUGAAGUGCGAAGAAACGCAAAGAGCACUUUUUGCCAUGGACGACUUAACGUUUGAAAAGGCUUGUAAGACGGCACGAGAUAAGGAACAGGCCGCAAAACAGACCAGCCAAAUGCACCAGCGAUUCCCGCCAGACGUGAACAUGGUUAGAUUAGAUAGCACGAAGACAGCGAACGCACAGUGCCAGAGAAAAACUGGUAAAGCACAAAAGUGUUACCGAUGCGGUAAAUUCCACGACCCAAAUCAGUGUUGGUACAAGGAAUAUCGCUGUUCGUCAUGCUCAAAAGUUGGACACUUGAAGAAAAUGUGUCGGUGCAGCAACAAUCGGCGGAGAAAUGUGAAAAAGGUCGAUUGUGUAGAAGAAAGCGUUGAAACCGAGUCAAGUGAUGACGCCUUCAUGGUAUAUUCUGUGACCGCUAAAGCUAAGGGAUAUAGUGUCAUCGUCUCAACCGAGGGACAGCCUGUUUCCAUGAUAGUAGAUACAGGAGCAUCUGUAUCGAUUAUGCCAAAGCAACUCUACGAAGAGGGAUUCAAAAAGCUGCCGUGCCAGCAAACUGAAGUAGUACUGCGAACCUACGCAGGGGGCAAACUGACAGUCGUCGGAAAGCUUCACGUCAACGUGCAGUACGAAGGACAGAGCAAAAUACUCCCUAUCGUUGUCGUUGUCGACUGCGGCGAAGACCUCCCAUUGCUUCUUGGAAGGGAUUGGCUGCAAACACUAAAACUCAACUGGAAUGGGUUUCUUCACUACGCAUCAAAAAACCCUGCAGUCAUCGAGUUGCAAACACUUAAGGACAAAUACAGCAGUGUAUUUCGUAUGUCGCUCGGCGUAGUUCGUAACUUCGAGGCACAGGUCGUGGUCAAAGAAGCUUCGCGACCGGUGUUCUGUAAAGCCAGGGCAGUUCCAUUUGCGCUGCGCGAGCAAGUCAUCAAGGAGCUUGAUUCUUUAGAAAAGGAAGGGAUCCUGAAGCGUGUAUCUCACGGUGAGUGGGCCACACCACUUGUUUGUGUGCCGAAGAAGAACGGGCAAGGCCUUCGAUUAUGUGGCGAUUACAAAAUCACCAUAAACCCUGUAUUGAAGACGGACCAUUACACGUUGCCACAUCCCGAGGAACUAUUCGCCAAACUUGUAGGAGGCAACGUGUUUUGCGUGCUGGACCUCGCAGCGGCUUACCAACAAGUAAAGUUGAGUCUGGCGUCGAAGAAACUACUGACGGUCAACACUCCUCUAGGCCUGUUCGAAUACCAACGGCUUCCAUUUGGGAUAUCCAGCGCGCCAGCGAUUUUUCAGGCCCUCAUGGACCAAGUACUAAAAGACAUUCCUAAAGUCGGAUGCUAUAUCGAUGACGUGAUCAUCGCAGGGAAAGACUUGGUCGAUUGCAAGAAGACGCUGGAAGAAGUGCUAUUGAAACUUCAGGAACACGGUCUAACGAUAAAGGAGAAAAAGUGUCAGUUCUUCCGGUCGUCUGUGACGUACCUCGGGCACCAGAUCACUAGCCAAGGCAUCUUCCCGACAGACACGAAGACGAAGGCAAUCGUCGAAGCACCGGAGCCUUGCAACAAGACAGAACUUCAGGCGUACUUGGGCCUACUAAAUUUCUACGGAAGAUUCCUCAGAAAUGUAUCUACGGUCGCGGCACCUCUCUACGAGCUCCUAAAAAAGGACCAGCCAUGGAGGUGGACACCAGCGUGCAAGAGAGCAUUCGAAGACACAAAACAGCUUCUCGUGAAAAGCAAAUGCCUCGUCUACUACGACGUUCGCAAACCGCUUGGACUAAUUUGCGACGCGUCAGCCUACGGCGUGGGAGCCAUUAUUUUCCACAUCAUGAGCGAGGGCAGCGAAACACCAAUCGCCUUUGCGUCCCGCACGUUGACAGUCUCCGAGAAGAACUACGCACAGUGCGAAAAAGAAGCACUUGCUAUUAUUUUUGGACUCAAACGUUUCCAUCGCUACUUAUAUGGAAGACAUUUUGUAAUUUAUACCGACCACCAACCGUUACUUGGAAUUCUCGCGGCAAACAAGGCGAUCGCAGCUUUAGCAGCGGCAAGGAUACAGCGCUGGGCGCUCACGCUUUCUGCUUACUCAUAUGCUCUGCGAUAUCGUAAAUGUCACGACAUGCAAGCCGCAGACGCAUUAUCUCGGCUUCCCCUAGCAAGUCAAAAGUGCGACCCCCCACCAGAAUGUCUAGCAUUCUUCAACGUCUCCCCAAUCACCGCAAAAGAUAUCGCGGAAGCUACGAAACGUGAUAAGAUCAUCAGUCGUGUCGCGGACUACACGCUGAACGGAUGGGCCGCAUCGUUUGAUGAACAGUAUCGACCGUUCUUCGCACGGCGAGACGAAUUGUCAUUGGAGCAAGGGUGUGUUACUUGGGGGACACGUGUCGUCGUUCCCGAACAGCUUCGGCCAGCGGUUUUGGCCAUACUUCACGAGGAGCACCCAGGCGUUAACCGAAUGAAAAUGUUGGCCAGGAACUUCGUAUGGUGGCCAGGUCUCGACAGCCAAGUCGAAGAGCAAGUUCGUAAAUGUCGAAUUUGUCAGGCUGUUCAAGCUGGCGUGCCGACAGUUCCGCAUCAGCCAUGGACAUACCCAGCCAGGAUUUGGCAAAGGAUUCAUCUAGAUUUCGCAACACACACUUCGGUCAACCUUUUAGUUGUCAUCGACUCGUAUUCAAAAUGGGUCGAGGUUUUUAGCAUGAAGUCGACCACUACCACAGCAACAAUUGCAAGGCUACGGAAGCUUUUCUCAGCCUACGGCUAUCCUGAAGAAAUUGUAAGUGAUAAUGGACCACAAUUUACCUAG